AUGUCGCACAUCACAGAGCAUCCCUCUCGGGCGAAGAGAAGAAAGCUCGAUGAUCCUAAGCCAGAGAAACUGACCGUCACAUCCAAUAUCAAGUCUGCUGCUUCAUUGCGUGGACUGUUGGCUGUCCAGCAAAAUGCCCCGUUGGCAAAGCAAGGUAUAAUCAAGUUUAAAGAGUUUCUGCUGUCAAUUGCACAGACAGAAAAAGAGAGCGAAAAAGCAGAGAAAUUGCGUGUCCUCAAGGAGUAUUGCGAUAAGCAAAUCACCAACUCCGGGAAGGAGGAUGAAACCUCAGUGUGCUUUGCAGACAUCAUCCAAUCUUGGUCAUUUGGCGAUAGCAAUAACAAUGAGCCUUUAUUGACUAGUGUCCCUUCUGUUCUUGCGAUCUUCCUUAAGACGAUUUCGUCGGAACUGGAGUUCCGGGAAUUCGGAAUCGCGCUUUGCAAGCAUCUGCUGCAGAAAGAUCAGCUGAGAUUGUUCAACCGCGGUCUGACAGCAACCAAGUCUAAAGAACACUUGAUCUCACCAUGUCUCCGUUUGCUUACGGAGAUCGUGACUUUGACGGCGGAGCAGUGGCACGACAGCUGUACCUUCGCCGAGGAUGAGUCCAACAAGUCGACCCUCAGACGCAACGCUCAGCGAUACCUGCUAGCGAACCUGAGAGUUCAGCAUGCCUCUGAGAAGAAUGAUAUCAUUGAACAGCACAAGAUCACCAGGUCUUUCCUCGAAUACAUCCGAAAAGAUCCGCGGGACACUGUACUAGAAAUUAUCAAGGCUAUCGAGAGAGACGUGGUACAAGACUCCGCUCUGUCUCGCAAAUCGAAGAGCAAGUUUUUCAACAGACACAAUCUCGAACGACUGGUCACGCUGUAUGGCUAUGAUCGCGAGUCAGACGAACCUAAUGCUGGAGGUGUUAUCAUCGCCAAUGAGAUCCACCGAGUCAUGAUGAAUGUGUGCAAAACUGCCGGACUCGGCGUUCUCCUCCCCGAGACCGGCUGGUAUCCCGUCGGAACCGACCCAGAGACCUUAGCUGUUGAUGAUGAUGCAUGCAUUGAAUUGGGCCUGGAUUCCCCUAUAUACGUCGACAAAUACCGGGAUUCUGUCCCCGUGCGCAAUGGCUCCCUUUCAUUCCUUAUUCAGUGCCUUCGGCCUGAUGUGGAUAGUCUGCAGAUUGAACUGCUGGUAUCAAUCUUCAGAGUGGCACCGGAGCUCGUUGCCGAUUACUUCUCGAGGAAAACUAUGUUUAUUUCAGACCCCAAGGCCACCCCUUCGUGGAUGGCCGAGUCCGCUUUCCUUUUCUCAACUGUGCAGUUACCUGUACCUGCAAACUGUGGCUGGAAGGAUAAGCAGCCUAUCCUGCCACCGCCGGUUUCUAUCGUUAUUGAAAAUAUUCUCCCUCGCCCCCUCGGUCAGAAGAUUAUGACCCGCUGCCUCAACCAGAAUGCAGAGAUUAUCACCCUGUUCGCUGUGCGAAUUCUGACUCUCGCAUUCACUAAACUGCGGGCUGUCCUCAAAAUCUUCCAGGCGGAUCACGGCCAAGGCCAGCUAUUCUGGAACCAGGCUUCUGCCAAGUUGCUGGCAGAGUUCUCUCGCCGGUGCCCCGCUGUCAAGGAUGUCGUUGUUCUCUUCCGACGAACAGAAAAGGAUGACCUGACCCAGCAAGAAGCGGUUGCUGAACUUCUAACCUGUUACUAUGAAGUGAUGCCAGACAUUGCUCUGGAGGAAAACUUUGACGUCUCACUAGUCUUGGUUGAUGUUCUCAAGCGCCUGGAAGCCCCAGACGUUAGCGCAGAUGAUUCCGAAUCGCUUUUGAGCCAACUUCAGAGCAUCCUCCAGAUCGCACAACAGUCUGCUUCAUUGCGUUGGUGGCAAAAGCCGGCAUCCAUGCAGUAUUCACCCUUCACCUCGAUCCUCAAGGUUCUCAUGGACACCUCAGACAAGGACUCUUCGCGCCGUAUCUCUACCCUGCUCAAGACUGUUCUGGUUGAUAACUCUGUUCUGCAAAGCUCCCCACACGCAUUUGCCUCUGUCUUGUCCAGCCUUGAGAAUUCCGAGGCUGAUGCUUUGCACCAACAACUGGUCUUCUUUGACAACUGUGUCUCACGUGUCGCUAAGAAGCCCGUUCACUACUUGGAUUUGCUACAGUCAUUAUCCGAGGAUGCGUCUAGAACUACUAGCGCGCUUGUUGCUGCCAUUGUUGAGCAAUGGCCAUUUGUCGUCAAGAGCGGUGAUGCAUCCAUGGAGGCUGCCGUUGGAGCCUGGGUCGCAAGUCUUCUGGGUAAUCUGAAGCAGGCGGGCGAGAGCACCAAGGUGCUCAAAGCUGCUCGGGAUGCGUUGGUUGAAGCAACCGAGACUAAGAAAAUCAAGUCUCUUCUUAAGAAGUCCCUGAAGGAGGCAGAUAAUGUCGAUGAUGAGGACAAGAUGGACAUUGACUCUGGCUCUAAUGUGCCUAGUUCAUCCAACAAAGCCUCUACCGUUGACCUCGAUGAGAUCUUUGGAUCUCUGCCCACCGAAGGCACAACCCACAAUGCCCUGAAUAAAUGGGAAAGAGAGGACAUUGCAGAAGCAGUGGAUCAGGGCCACGUCGCCGAGUUGAUGCUAUGCCUUUGUUCUCAGCACGAAGAAAUCCGAAGACAGGCCUUCGCCAACAUUAUUCGCUUCAUGGCCAAACUCAAGGAAUCCACCUACGCUGAAUGGCGCACGGUGUUUACUCUAUCCGGUGAGCUCCUGGAGACAGUCAACAACAUUGGCAUGGAGAAGCCCGUUCCUUGGAUCGUUGGCGAGUGCGCUGCAAACUGCCUAGAGGUUCUCACGGAUCCCCUCCACAAGGUCUACGGCAAAGUCAACAAAUUCCUGCAGAAGGCACCAUCUUGGGAAGUCGAGAAGAUCCCAACAUACUGGGUUGACAAAAUCCUCCUACACGAGCCUGAGUUGGAUGACGGAUAUUUCGAUGAGAUCGACUGGCUUCUGAAUCUGUUUAUCAAGGCACUCCGAACCGAGGCUGAUAUGGAGGUUUACCGACGAGCCAAUGUCUUCGAGCGCAUUCUUUCCCUCUACCAGUCCCCAACCCUUGGCCCCGCAGCCCGACGAAAGAUCCUGCACAUCGUGUACCGCGCCGCCCAGGUCGGUGGCAGUACUACCCUGAUCACGCGUUCUGGUGUCAUCAGCUGGAUCCAAAUCCAAGCUGCAGAGGCUGGUCCCAAGGAGGUUGCUCAGCUUGCGGCACUUGCACGUGCUUUGUAUGAGAAGUGUGAUCGUGAGCGAGUCGAUGGCUGGAGUAAUGGGACUCUUGGACGGGUCGUUGAUGAGAUUCAGGCGCAAGUUUGA